AUGGAUCAAUUAUCCAGCACCAGAUUCGACAAAUAUAAGCUCAGGCGGGACAACCUUCCCCGUGUCCUGUUCAGGGGCUGGCAUUCUGGAACCCGCGCCACUGCGCUGGGCUUGAAUUCUCCCCGGGGAGUUUACCCAUUUGCGUGGCAGAACCUCCUGCCGGCCUCGAACACCCAGGUAAGUCGAGAGCCCCCGAGCCUUCCAUCGCACCUGGAUGAACUCUCCAAGGUCGCAGUUACGGCACUCGCUUCCAAGCACAUUGGGAGUGACUUUUUCCAAACUCCAUUUACCAGCUGGACCGCGGAUUUAGCCACGGCCGUAUGGUUUUCCAUGGGCAGCUUCGGCGAGCUCCAAUGGGAAAUGAACGAGGGCCCAGGCUUUGUAGCUGUUGUGGACUUGUCAUAUUCCUGGCCCGUUAUCCACGUUCCCGAUUUGGGGUGGACAAGCUUGCCCCAGGAGUGGCUGAUUUACGGCCCAGUCACACGCGUCCGUGUUGUCUCCGUCGAUGAGAUCAGGAACACCAUAUGCCUUCUGUUCCAGGACAAAGAGGACAAGGAGAUCGAUAUCACACUGGUCGUGGCGGCGUCACUUCUCUCCUGGGGCCAGACUCUUGUCCCCAGUCCCCGUCCUCUCAGCGAGGCUGACAUACUUAGCUUCGAAACGCAGCAGACAACCUGGGUAGCAUCAACGACCCAAUCGUCUCUUGCCCGAGAAGAAUGGGAAGCCAACUUUGCGAAGGCGUUGAGCCAGUACUCGCCCACUCCUCACAGUUGCAUUCCCAUUCGGUGCGAAGAUGAAGAAAGUGGAGGGGACUGA